AUGAUCAUGAUUUGUAUGAUGUGGAUGUUCAUCUCCAUCAACUCUCUCCUACUCCACGCAGAAUCAGACAGUGGUCACGAGUUUUCAAUAUCUAAGAGAAGUUUUGAAGUCGGACAAUUCAAGGAGGGACUUUGCAAUUUUAGACGAGGAGACAUGGUGUCAAGCAGUUCGGAAUCGGAGUUGCUGGCCUAUUUUAAACUUAUAUUUCUGCUCCACGAGACAUGGGAGGUUGAUCCAUCAGGCAGGCUCUUCAUUAGGACCGCUCAGAAGGGACAAGAGGCAGACUGCAAAGGCCACAAAGAUUUGAGGGUCACUAAAAAUGCAGAGACCACACAUGCAAGGUUAAUAAAUCAUGAAAACGUUGGACUGCCCUGCGCAUUUGAACCCAGUCAACUGCAAUACCAGAAUUCUGAACACUACAACAUCUCGCCCACCAAACGAUUUAAUAAUAAGGAAUAA